CGGAGAAGCGGAGGUUGAGGCUGGAGGCUCGGAGCCGGAGUCUGUCCCAGGAAACACGCCGACGAAUCCCCCACAGGUCCGCACCAGCUGUCUCCAUGUAGUCAGCUGCGUCUCCAACUCCUGUGCAGUUGAGGAUGUGGGUUUCCUAUCUGUGACCCAGAGGCCAUGCUGACAGGGGGGCUGAUGGGAAAGUCUUACCUCCUGCAACAUCAACUCGCUCUGCUGAGAUGUCCCCAGGUGGAGUGAAAUGUGGAUAACAGUGUGAGCCAGGGGAAUUCAACUUCUGGGCCAAGACAACCUCGCACAGAGCCAAAAAGGAAUCUGUUCUACUUUACACAAAAUACACACACACACACACACACACACUCACUUUUCAGAAUGCUGAUGCCAGGACCACUGUGGGUGUGCCUGGCACUGAUAUGGGUGAGAAUGUGUGCUGCCCACAGCCUGUUUACCUGUGAGCCGAUCAGAGUUCAUCGGUGCCUGGGGAUGCCUUACAACAUGACCUUCUUUCCCAACAUGAUGGAGCACUAUGAUCAGGAUAUUGCAGCCAGUAAUAUGGAGCCUUUCAUGCCCCUGACAAACCUCCGCUGCUCUCCAGACGUCCACCACUUCCUAUGUCAAGCCUUUAUCCCAGCAUGCACUGAGGAGAAUAAAGUUAUUCGUCCUUGUCGAGAGCGCUGUGAGGAAGUUCUGUCAGACUGCAAGGAGAAUAUCCGGAUCUUUGGCAUCACAUGGCCUCCUGAGCUACAAUGUGACAAAUUGGAUUCAUGUAGUUCUGAUGUCGAUUCUACUCUUCCUGCAACCACACCAGUGAUCUCCUCAUCAGCUAUGAGGGACCUGGGCUUCUGGUGCCCUCUGCAGUUAAAGACCAAGCCAGGUCAUGGAUCAUCGUUCCUGGGCGCCCAGGACUGUGCUCCGCCCUGCUCCAACAUGUACUUCAAACCCCACGACAUUGAGUUUGCAAAGAGCUUCAUCGGCGUGUGUUCCAUCAUCUGCCUGGGAGCCACUCUCUUCACAUUCCUCACUUUCCUCAUUGAUGUUAAGCGUUUCCGCUACCCUGAGCGGCCCAUAAUCUUUUACGCCGUCUGCUACAGCUUCGUCUCGCUCAUAUACUUCAUCGGGUUCUUGCUGGGGAACAAAGCGGCCUGUACUAAGGCAGUGCAGCCUGCAGGCAUCGAUACAGUGGUGCUCGGCUCUCAGAGUAAAGGGUGCACUUUGCUUUUCAUGCUCCUCUACUUCUUCUCCAUCGCCGGUAUUGUCUGGUGGGUCAUCCUCACCAUCACCUGGUUCCUGGCAGCUGGACCCAAGUGGAGCUGUGAAGCCAUAGAGAAAAAGGCGGUGUGGUUUCACUCUGCAGCCUGGGGGAUCCCCGGAGCGCUAACUGUCAUGCUACUUGCCAUGAACAAGGUUGAGGGGGACAACAUCAGCGGGGUCUGUUUUGUAGGACUUUAUGACCUGGACGCCCUGCGCUACUUUGUUCUGGCUCCGCUGUGUGUUGGCGUCAUAGUCGGCCUCUUCCUCAUCCUGGCAGGCAUCGUCUCCCUCAACCACGUCCGACAGGUCAUUCAGCACGACGAGCGUAACCAGGAGAAGCUGAAGAAGUUCAUGAUCCGCAUCGGUGUGUUCAGCUGCCUUUAUCUGGUCCCGCUGGUCACUCUGUUAGCCUGCUACACCUACGAACAGAGUCAUCGCAGCGCCUGGGAGAACACCUGGAUCAACGACCGCUGUCAGGAGUACAGCAUCCCAUGUUCCUACAAGACAACAGAGAACGACCGUCCAGACCUCUCUCUGUUUUUGGUAAAAUACUUGAUGACGCUGGUGGUUGGAAUAUCUGCAGUGUUCUGGGUCAGCAGCAAGAAGACAUGCUCUGAGUGGGCGUACUUCUUCAACAGGACCCGCAAGAGAGAUCCCAUCAGCGAGAGCCGCCGGGUGCUCCAGGAGUCCUGCGAGUUCUUCCUCAAGCACAACAGCCGCGUCCAGCACAAGAAGAAACACUACAAGCCCAGCUCUCACAAGCUCAAGGUCAUCUCCAAGUCCAUGGGCACAAGCACGGGCGCUUCUCCCACCCCUGCCUCCACCCUAGCCAACACCACUAGUAAAGGAACCUCUGCACUGGGCAACCAUGAUCCCCACAUGCAAGGUUCUCUGUCUGAGGCCUCAGCCAGGGAGCACCUGGACAGGGGCACCUCGAGCCGAAGCUCCAGAAGAGGGGAGAGGGACAGAGAGAGGGAGCGGGGAGAGAGACGCAGCAGAGGUGGUUCCAGCAAGGUCAGCAGCCACUCAGAGAACCUGCAUCCAGAUGGGAGGAUGACUCCGAAGAGCGAGCUGUCAGAGGCCAGACAGGUUCCCAUUGGACAGCAACAUCCAGCUAUAAAAAAAUCACACAGCAGCAUCAUCCACGACUCCACCCACCAGCUGGUGCACAAGGUGCCUGAGGAGAGCAAGGACACAAAGGAUAGCAGCUGCUAAGAUAUCUGAUCCAUCCAUCCACCCAUUUAUCUAUCCAUCCAUCCAUUUAUCUAUCCAUCCAUCCAUUUAUCUAUCUAUCCAUCCAUCCAUCCAUUUAUCUAUCCAUC